AUGAGGGCAAAGCUAAUGUGGUUGCAGAUGCUCUCAGACGUAAGUCGAAGCAUUCUCUUAAUGCGGUUAGAAUUCCGCCGAGAGACUUAUGCUGAUGAAUUUCGGAAGCUUGAAAUCGAGGUGGUACCUCGGGGUUCGGUGGAAACUCUCUGUGCUAUGAGUGCCGAGCCUGCCUUGUUCCAAGAGUUGCGAGAGAAGCAGAAGAAUGAUCCUAAGUUGGAAAAGGUCCAUGAAGCUAAGGCUCAUGGCCGAGCCGAAAAUUUCGAAGUCGACUCCGAGGGAGGUCUUAAAUUUAUGAGUCGUUGGUGUGUGCCUAAUGACUUGGAGCUUAAGAAGAAGAUUCUCGAAGAAGCUCAUUGUACUCCCUACUCAGUUCAUCCUAGGGGUGAUAAGCUUUACAAGGAUCUCAAGGCGAAUUUCUGGUGGCCUUGCAUGAAGAGGGAAGUGGCCGAAUUUGUGGCCAGGUGUCUGGUGUGUCAAAAGAUUAAGAUCGAGCAUCAGAGACCGGGUGGUUUGCUACAACCAUUGCCAAUUCCCGCGUGGAAUUCGAUUCUAUCUCGAUGGACUUUGUUAUGGGUCUUCCGAGAGCGCUGGGGGUAA